UAUGAAAAGUCCUCCGAGGGUGUAAAUAAAUUUUGGAUAUCAGUAAACGAAGAACUAAUUGAAUCCAAAAUUAGAAACAAUGUGAAUGAGUACGACUUGACUGUAGUCACUAAUGUAAACAAACAGAUGGGGACGUAUGUUAAUGCAACCACCACUCGCAUUACUCAUUUAACAAAACGACUUUUAGAAUGUGCAAAGAACAGCUCACCGAAACGCAUAGCAAAAGGAGCAGGAGCAGGAGAUGAUCCAAACAAUCCUAAUUCAGAUAGAUCAUAUCAACCAAGUUUGGGCGAUCUCGAUGAUGAUACUUUUGUUGAGCCUGACUACGAUAAUUUUAGUGAAAACAAGGAGAUAAGAAUUCAAUAUACUCGUGAUUGGUUUACGGGGCCAGGAAUAAUGAAAUCCACAUUAAGUGCUGACGCCAAAAAGUGGAUUGUCGACACACUCGAUAUUUCAAGUAUAUUGUUGGAGUAUCGUGACAUAUCAGUUCAAAAAAUUUCUAAGAAUAAAGUUGAAGUUGCCGCCGAGAUCCUUUCGUUAAAUUAUAUCUUUUUAUUUGAACGAAAUAAUACAAGCGAGCUUUCUUCUAUAAUUGAACCAGAAACAUUAAAAAUCAUUUUUGAUACGAUAAAAAAUGAAUUUAAUCUCUAUUAUUUAUCGAAUGAUGAGGUCUAUCGGUGUCACAAAAUGGCAGAGUCUGCAAGCAAUGAUUUUGGAGAAUGCAAGCUAUUAUUGAGAAAAUGGCAAAAGGAUCUUGGUGAAAAUCAAGAGGAUUUAAUCCUAGAAACAUUUGAGUCAAUCAUAAAUAAUUUUAAACCGGAAGUGUAUAGACAAGGUUUAAAAGAAGACUCCUUUGUUCAUGAAGUUUUUGAGCCUGUGAUCAGGCCAUUUUUCCGUAACAUUAAUUUUAAAUGCGAAUGGUCAACUGAUAUUCUGGAAGCAUCUGUACAUAGAAAACGUAAAUUUGACCCUUCGCUACAAGGUCGAAAAGCAGAUUUUUCCAUAUAUAUACCUAUUAGAGGUAAAAAAUUUUAUCUGCUUACAUCGGAAAUAAAAUCGGCUGAUUACAUGUUUUCAAAUAAAAACAAAGUCACUUUGGAAGAUUGUGACCUCGUGAAAUUGGGAAAUGAAAUGAAAGAUAUAAUUGACAAAUGCAUUGAUGAUGGG